UCCGGGUUUGGGCCUGGCGCUGCGGUUGAGGCGGCGGCGGCGGGCGAGCGGGACGCGGGAGGUGGGAGUAGAGGAAACGGUAUGGAUGUUUCAGGGCAGGAGACCGACUGGCGGAGCGCCGCCUUCCGGCAGAAGUUGGUCAGUCAAAUCGAGGAUGCUAUGAGAAAAGCUGGUGUGGCCCACAGUAAAUCCAGCAAGGAUAUGGAGAGCCAUGUGUUCCUGAAGGCCAAGACCCGGGACGAAUACCUUUCUCUUGUGGCCAGGCUCAUUAUCCAUUUUCGAGACAUUCAUAACAAGAAAUCUCAAGCUUCUGUCAGUGACCCUAUGAACGCACUGCAGAGCCUGACUGGAGGACCUGCUGCUGGAGCAGCUGGAAUCGGCAUGCCUUCUCGGGGCCCAGGACAGUCCCUGGGUGGGAUGGGUGGCCUUGGCGCCAUGGGGCAGCCAAUGCCCCUGUCAGGGCAGCCGCCCCCUGGCACCUCGGGGAUGGCCCCCCAUGGCAUGGCUGUUGUGUCUACCGCAACGCCACAGACCCAGCUGCAGCUCCAGCAGGUAGCACUGCAGCAACAGCAGCAGCAGUUCCAACAGCAGCAGGUGGCUCUGCAGCAGCAGCAGCAACAGCAGCAGUUCCAGGCUCAGCAGAAUGCCAUGCAACAGCAGUUCCAGGCAGUGGUGCAACAGCAGCAGCAGCUCCAGCAGCAGCAGCAGCAGCAGCAGCAGCAGCAGCACCUGAUUAAAUUGCAUCAUCAAAACCAGCAGCAGAUACAGCAGCAGCAACAGCAGCUACAGCGGAUGGCACAGCUGCAGCUGCAGCAGCAGCAGCAGCAGCAGCAGCAGCAGCAGGCUUUGCAGGCCCAGCCGUCAAUACAGCAGCCACCAAUGCAGCAGCCACAGCCUACCCCCUCCCAGGCCCUGCCCCAGCAGCUGCAGCAGAUGCACCACGCACAGCACCACCAGCCGCCGCCACAGCCCCAGCAGCCGGCAGUUGCUCAGAACCAACCAUCACAGCUCCCACCACAGUCACAGACCCAGCCUUUGGUGUCACAGGCUCCAGCCCUCCCUGGACAGAUGCUCUACACCCAACCACAGCUGAAACUUGUCCGAGCUCCGAUGGUGGUGCAGCAGCCGCAGGUGCAGCCCCAGGUGCAGCAGGUGCAGCCCCAGGUGCAGCAACAGACAGCGGUCCCGCCAGCUCAGGCCUCCCAGAUAGUGGGUUCUGGAGUCCAGAUGAUCACCGCAGCCUUGGCCCAAGGCGGGAUGCAAGUAAGAGCCCGGUUCCCACCCACCACCGCCGUGUCUGCCGUCCCAUCAAGCUCCAUCUCUUUGGGUGGACAGCCCUCGGCACAGGUCAGCCAGAACAGCCUCACCAUGCUGUCCUCCCCGUCGCCGAGCCAGCAGGUGCAGACCCCGCAGUCGAUGCCCCCUCCCCCCCAGCCGUCCCCGCAGCCCGGCCAGCCCAGCUCGCAGCCCAACUCCAACGUCAGCUCCGGCCCUGCCCCAUCCCCCAGUAGCUUCCUGCCCAGCCCCUCACCGCAGCCCUCCCAGAGUCCAGUGACGGCGCGCACCCCACAGAACUUCAGCGUCCCCUCCCCGGGACCUUUAAACACCCCUGUGAACCCCAGCUCGGUCAUGAGCCCAGCAGGCUCCAGCCAGGCCGAGGAACAGCAGUACCUGGACAAGUUGAAGCAGCUCUCCAAGUACAUCGAGCCCUUGCGCCGUAUGAUCAACAAGAUCGACAAGAACGAAGACAGAAAAAAAGACCUGAGUAAGAUGAAGAGCCUCCUGGACAUCCUGACAGACCCCUCCAAGCGGUGCCCACUGAAAACGCUGCAGAAAUGUGAGAUCGCCCUGGAGAAACUCAAGAAUGACAUGGCAGUGCCCACGCCCCCACCGCCCCCAGUGCCGCCAACCAAACAGCAGUACCUCUGCCAGCCACUCCUGGAUGCUGUCCUGGCCAACAUCCGCUCGCCCGUCUUCAACCACUCCCUGUACCGCACAUUCGUGCCAGCCAUGACGGCCAUCCACGGCCCACCCAUCACGGCCCCGGUGGUGUGCACCCGGAAGCGCAAGUUUGAAGAGGAUGAGAGGCAAAGCAUCCCCAAUGUGCUCCAGGGGGAGGUGGCCAGAUUAGACCCUAAGUUCCUAGUGAACUUGGACCCUUCUCACUGCAGUAACAACGGCACCGUCCACCUGAUAUGCAAGCUGGAUGAUAAAGACCUCCCGAGCGUGCCGCCGCUGGAGCUCAGCGUGCCUGCCGACUACCCUGCCCAGAGCCCGCUGUGGAUUGACCGGCAGUGGCAGUACGGUGGAUGCCAACCCCUUCCUGCAGUCGGUACACCGGUGCAUGACCUCGAGGCUGCUGCAGCUCCCCGACAAGCACUCGGUCACGGCCCUGCUCAACACCUGGGCGCAGAGCAUCCACCAGGCCUGCCUCUCAGCUGCCUAGCCACCACCGCCACUGCACAUCUGGCCGCCCACCAGGGACUGUGGGGGCAGCCGGCAGCCUUGUCGGGGCUGCAGUGGACACACACCUUGUGUCGGACGUUUCUAGGUGUUGGCUUCCUUAGAGAGCCUGGGCUUAGGUUAGCUUUCCUGCUUUUAUCUUCUGCCUUGGGGACCUGCCAAACAUUUUCCCACACUUGUACAGGGUUGGCACAGGUGGCUGCAGAGCUGGCUGCGUCGAUGGGGGGGUGGGACUCCCUCCAGGGAGUCGGACACAUCCCCGGCCCCUGCAUUCCUCGGGCUGCUGCUGUCCCUGCGGCCUCUGCAGGGCCCAUGUCCUUCCUUAGCAGCUUGAGGGAGAACUCAGGGUCUUGUUAGAGCCUCUUGUGUGUGUGCCAGAAAGUACUUCUACCUGUUUCUGUAGGGGAACAUGGAGAACAUAGGAAACCCCUAAAAUACACACAGAAUUCUCUGAUGACGGUUUUGCGUUCAGACCUUGCCACCGUUGGCAUGUGGGGCACGCCGUAGGGAAGCUCCCAGACCCAGGGGCGCUGACAGUAUCAAAAGGGAAGGCCGGCCUGUGGGCGGCUGCGAGUCUCUUGCCACUGGCUGGGCCUCAUACCUCAUGGCAUUCUCCCUUCAAGCCCUGAGGGCCUGCUCAGCACUGUAGGGGUACCUGGGGAGUGGGGGCAUAUGGGUGGAUCGUUUCCUAGACUCAUGCCCACUAGUUGGGUGCUUGGGCCUGCUUUUGGGUCGGGGUGCUGUCCUCGGGACCUGGCAUCCUCAGCCAAUCCAGAGAGUGAAGCCUCCCUGACAGGGCACUGGCCAGCUGGCUCUCUGGCGACAAGAGGUCCCCCCUUUUGUAUGUGCACUACCGUGUCAUCUGUGGUUCUUAUAAUAAAUUUAUUAUUCCUGUG